AAGUCUUAAAGGACCUAGCCCAUAGCCCUUAAGUUUUGUGUUGUCAAAUAUUCAUUCACUCCAGCUUUCCCCAGGAUCAAAGAAGAGGAUCACAUUAACUUGCCAGUAGCAGCUGCCUGGAAGGCUGAGAUGACCAGUCACUGGGAACCGGGAAGGGAGGGUUGUUGGGAGGCCGCGAUGGUACAGGAAGCGUGCUGAGGUCUUAACUUGAGUUCCCUAUUUGGGAGUUGAGGAAGGGUGGCCUAGUGCCCUCUCCUCGCCUCUUGAGAGCAGUAGCCGCUGCCCUCCAAAGUUUCUGGAAGCAGCAGCCCAUCACCGCAGCUCAAGUUUGUUCCCUUUUCAGCCAAGCUCCAAACCCCGGACUGAUCACAUCCCUGCCGCGGGCUUAUUUAGAGUUCAGCUAUUUCGGUGCCCCACAGAGUAGUACGCAUCGGCGCCCUGGAUCGCACGCUUUCCAGAAGCGUCGCUGAACCUGGCGACUGGACUUUGGCCGAGGACCCUGCAGGAACGCCAGGGCAGGGUCACCGCGGGGCCAGUGGGUGGUGGCGGCCACGCGGCUGCGUAGCGGGUCUCGCGGGCUACCGCCGCGCAUGCUCUGCUAAGAACCCGUGGGGGCGGGGCCGCGUCGGGGGCCGGAGCUCGGCGCGGCGCCACGUCGGGGGCGGGCCCGGCGCGCGCGGGAAGUGUCUGCCGGGCGGCCAGCAGUCCUCAGCCGCCGCGCGUCAUGGCCCUUUCCGUGCCCGGCUACUCACCGGGCUUCCAAAAGCCGCCGGAGGUAGUGCGGCUCCGACGGAAAAGGGCCCGGAGCCGUGGGGCUGCUGCCUCCCCGCCCCGUGAGCUGCCGGAGCCGGCAGCCCGCCGAGCCGCCCUGGCGGCCGGGCUGCCCCUUCGCCCUUUCCCUGCCGCUGGGGGCAGAGGCGGCGGCGGCCCGGCAGCGGCCCGGAGGAACCCCUUCGCCCGCCUGGACAAUCGACCGCAGGUCGCCGCGGGGCACCCCGACGGGCCUGCCCGCGACCAGCCGGAGGCGCCGGGCCGGUUUUUAGAUUCUAAUCAAGAAAAUGAUGUGUUAUGGGAAGAGAAGUUUCCUGAAAGAACAACUGUUACUGAAUUACCCCAGACUCCACAUGUAUCAUUCUCCGAGUCUGAUAUUCCAUCCUCAAAAAGUACUGAGUUACCUGUGGACUGGAGUAUUAAAACCCGACUCCUUUUCACCUCUUCUGAACCCUUUACCUGGGCAGAUCAUUUGAAAGCACAGGAAGAGGCUCAAGGUCUUGUCCAGCAUUGUAGGGCAAUAGAAGUUACAUUGCCUAAAAGUAUACAGGAUCCCAAACUCUCCACUGAGCUCCGUUGUACCUUCCAGCAGAGCCUUGUCUAUUGGCUCCACCCUGCUUUGUCUUGGCUUCCACUGUUCCCUCGUAUUGGCGCUGAUAGAAAAAUGACUGGAAAGACAAGUCCUUGGUCAAAUGAUACAACCCUGCAGCAUGUUUUAAUGAGUGACUGGUCUGUGAGCUUUACUUCUCUGUAUAAUCUGCUGAAGACAAAACUUUGCCCCUAUUUCUAUGUUUGUACCUAUCAGUUUACUGUCCUGUUCCGAGCAGCAGGAUUAGCUGGAAAUGACUUAAUCACAGCUCUUAUAUCUCCUACAACUCGAGGCUUAAGAGAAGCUAUGAGAAAUGAAGGUAUUGAAUUUUCUCUGCCUUUAAUAAAAGAAAGUGGCCAUAAAAAGGAGACAGCAUCUGGAACAAGCUUGGAAUAUGGGGAGGAGCAAGCCAUCAGUGAUGAGGACGAAGAGGAAAGUUUUUCUUGGCUGGAAGAGAUGGGAGUGCAAGAUGAAAUUAAAAAGCCAGACAUACUUUCUAUCAAGCUUCGUAAAGAGAAACAUGAAGUACAAAUGGAUCACAGACCUGAGUCUGUUGUGUUGGUGAAAGGAAUCAACACCUUUACAUUGCUCAAUUUUUUGAUCAACUGUAAGAGUUUAGUUGCUACCUCAGGUCCACAGGCAGGACUUCCUCCAACCCUCUUAUCCCCUGUUGCUUUCCGAGGUGCCACAAUGCAAAUGCUUAAGGCACGAAGUGUAAAUGUGAAGACACAAGCUCUUUCUGGAUACAGAGACCAAUUUAGUUUGGAGAUUACAGGUCCUAUCAUGCCUCAUUGCCUGCAUUCACUGACCAUGCUGCUCAAAUCUUCACAGAGUGGGGCUUUCUCUGCGCUACUAUAUCCACAUGAACCAACUGCUGUAUUUAACAUCUGCCUGCCAGUGGACAAAGUACUUAAUACAGAGGUUGUUCAUACGGAGCUUACUAACUGUGGUUUGCACCCUAAGACUCUGGAGCAACUUAGUGAAAUACCGUUACUUGGGAAAUCAUCUUUACGGAAUGUGGUGAUGAGAGACUACAUUUAUAAUUGGAGAUCCUGAACACCAAAGUAAGCCUAAAAGGAAUCUUUGAGGAAAAAAGCCUUCUAGCAAGGAUAUUCAAGAUUCUUGAAGUUAAAGGAAUAUACUUUAAAAUACUGAAAUGUUCAUAAAUAUUUUUAUUACAGUAGCAUUUUAAAUUAGUGUUUUCUGCUUUUACUAUUUUGAAGUUUUUAGAUAUAAAGAUGAAAAACUCAGAUCACUCAAAUGAGGUGUCUAUAUCCCUACAACCUAAUUGUAUAGUGAGUAGAAAACUGAAUUAAUGUUUCCUUGCAACAGGAAAUUGAGACUAAACACACAGCAGUUAUCUCGUGGCCUUGUGACAAAGGCAUCAAGGCAAAAAUAUGUUACUUUACCAUUUACCUAAGAUUGUUAGUAGAUUCUUGUUUUAUAAAGGUAGAAAAUAAAUGCAGACAUCUCUACUAACCUAGCUGACUGCUGAUGCUUCUACCUUAACAUUUUUCCUACUGAUUUAUAAUUUUUAUUUUCACAUAUACUAAAAUUUUUUUAAUGCAUGUUAAUUCAGGUAAAAAGGCAUUUUGUAUUCCACAUAGAAUAGUGUUAAGAAUUGUGAAGUAUGCUGAGCUGUCAUGGCAAAGUAGUAUUUAAUGUGCGUGUGCAUGUGCACGUGCGUGUGCGUGUGCAGGUGGGGAUUGUAUAAUUCACAUUUUUUAAAAAUAAAAGUGCUUAGAAAUCAAAAGCAUUGGGUAAAGAAAUAAUAGUAUCUAAGUAUUUGUUCACUUUAUAAUCCAGAAAAUAAAACACCACAUUUAUUCC